AGAACUGCAGUCUAUACCCCCAAAAACCACAAGAUUGAUUGAGAGAGAGAGAGAUGGGAAAAGCGGAGAGAGAGCGUCUGAAUCAAACUCUGAGUGGGCACCUUAACACCAUCCACGAGACCCUUCAGCUGUUGGAUCAAACACCAGCUUCGUCGCUUGAUAAACUGAGCUGGGAUGAUGUUGUUAAAACGGGUGAUCAAGUCUCCAAGCAAGCUACUAUCGUUGGAAUGCUUUGGACUGGGGAAACACCAGAAGCUAAAGCAGUUGAAGAAAACAUGGUAACAUACUUCAAUACAUUGCAGGGUCUGCUUCUGCUUUCUCAUGGAAGUAUGGUUGGUGCAGGACCUACUCUUUCAUCUGCUAUCCAUGCAUCCAUUAAGCAAGUUGUUGACUGCAGUUUUAAGUUGAUGAUGGAAACUGUCUCCUCGUAUGGAUCUCGCAAUAAGGACUUCAAACUUGUAGUACCACAAUUAGUUGGUGCGGUAUGGGAAGCAUGCGAUGCUCUUAAGAAGACUCCAGCUUCAAAUAUCACAGCAAUUGGGCGAGCAAUGACACAGGUUGCAGUUUCAGUGAAGGAUGUUCUUCGGGAGAUGAAGGAGCUCAAACCAGGUCCUUCCAAUCAAACAGAAGCAGCUUCUCAUGAUGUUGCUUCUCAUGAUGAUACUAGACUCAAUGACAAUGAUAGCCUGAGUGAUGAUCUAGGCAAUGACUUGUCACCUGAAGAGAUGAAAGUUGCUCAAUCAGCUAUUGGGGUUAUGACUGAGACAGUUGUAGUCCUAAAAGAACUCAUCCGCACUAUUACUGGUUUGCUUAAACAGGAAAAGCCUAAAGACAGUGGCAAUUUCGUGGACACUCUGGAGAAGUUAUUGAAGCUGUGCCAAGAAAUCGGAGUGCAGAUUGAUGAGCUUGGAGCCUCUCUUUAUCCCCCGCAAGAAUUUCCAGCUUUGAAGGCAGCUUUGGAGGAAAUAUCUAGUAUUAUUGAUGAAGUGCGGUCGAAGGUGGAAAGUUUGACAAGCCCUUCGGAAGCUAUUUUCCAGGCAUGCAAUGAUUUGAAAAGCUCAAUGAAACAAAUGGAAGUGACGCUGGAUUGCUGUAGGACCAGCGAAUUAGAAUCCAUAAUGCAGAAUGUUUCUCUAGGCUAAGCUGUUAGAGGGAGGGGGGGGGGGGGGGGGGCUCGCAGAGAGUUUGUUUCUGAGCUAGACUUGUCCAAAUACAUGUUUUCUGGUAUCUUUCAGUACGUAAUUCUGUCUAAUUCGCAUUCGAUUAAAACAUUUCCAAAGUGAAAAAAAAGGAUUGCUUAUCGAUCAA